AUGACGACGCAAUCCCAAUCCUCUCAUUGUUCAAAACCGCCACAAUUCAGUGAACAAGAUCCUUCACCGUCUACCCUGAAAACCAAAAAUCUAAAGAAUGAAUUAAUUAUAAAAUUAAUUGAACCUACAAUAAUAAUUCGCGGAAAUCCACAAGAAGCAAGUGGUGUCUUUUUAAGAGGUGAUCUGAUUAUGAAUUUAAGCAAAUCAACAAAUAUUAAAGGAAUUGAAAUGGUAUUUGUUGGAAAAACAAAAACUUUUUGGAUUUCAGACGUUAGUCAUGAACGAAAAGUUCACGCGGAAAAAAGAGAAAUAAUAUCUCAUAAAUGGCAAUUCGUAACUCCGCAAGUUAAUGAAUCAUCAACAUACGAAUCUUCACGCCAUGGCAUACUCGGUAUAAAACCAUUAUCAUCCUCAUCUCAUGAUCAUACAAACAUGCUCCCUGCGGGUACAUAUACAUUUCCUUUCGAACUUUUACUCUCAGGAAGCUUUCCGGAGACUAUCGACACAGAUUUAGGUCAUGUGAAAUAUCGAUUAUCUGCACAAGCUCAUCGUUCAGGUUUAUUACCAAAAUUAACAAAAGAUAUUAAUGUUGAGAUUGUUCGAAUUUUACCUGAUCAUGUUGAUUCCGAAGGAAUAAAUUUGUCAAAAGAUUAUGAAGAUAUAUUGAAAUAUGAGAUUUCAAUUCCAAAAAAAUCUUAUCCUCCUGGUCACGCCAUUCCGAUAGAAAUUAAGUUAAUCCCCUAUAUUAAAAAAUUAAAGAUUCACGGAUUACGUAUCAAACUUCUAGAAAAGACCGUUUACAGAGCUCAAAAUGAAAAAUUCGUAACUACCAGAGUUGCUGCGACACUUGACGUUGAAAAUCUAGUUCAUGAUAAUCUAUUACAAGAUGUUGAUGAGGGUGAUAUAGGAAAUACAAGUUAUCAAAGUUAUUUUGAUUUCCUAUUACCCAAUUAUAAUAGUAAAAUUAAUCAUUCUUGUAAUACUCCUUUGAUUAACGUAACACAUAUGUUACAAUUUUCUAUCAUUGUUACUUUACCAAAAAAUUCGACUAGAUCAAAAUUAAGUGUUGAAUGCAAUAUUAAUCUGGUUUCUUGUCUAAUUGUUGGUCAAAAUUUUACUUUGCCAAAAUAUGAAGAAAGCUUGUUAUUCUGUCCUCGUAAUCCCGAAUAUCAACGAAUUGCAAGAUUAGUAUUAGGUGAUACUGUAAAUGACAGUUAUCGCCGCAGUGAAAUAAGUGGAGACGAGAAUUUAGGUUCAACAUCGGUAACGCAUUUUAAAUGCAGUAAUUGUGGAGAUAAUUGUGAAUGUUCCCCUCCAAACUAUAACGAGGUAUAG